UCACUGGGAGAGCGCUGGGCAGCAGUGUGUCGCUGGACGGAGGAACGCUGGAAUAAACUUGAGGAAUUUCAGCUGGUGUGGCAGCGGUUGCUUGAUGACCAGAGUUUAUUUGGAUCAUGGCUAGCAGAUAAGGAGAAGGCCUUGAGUGAAGUUCAGACGAGUGAUUUUAAAGACCCUAGUGAAAUAAAUGCCAGCGUCCGCAGAUUAGCCAGUCUUAAGGAGGAUAUGGCCCAGAAGCGGAGGGCCCUGAGUGCUCUGUCAGAUGCUGGACAGGAUGUGAUGGUGCUGUUAAACAGUCCAGCUGCAGCUCAGAGGAUCGAAGCAGACACAGACCUACUGACCCAACGCUGGGACAACCUGGUCCAAAAACUAGAGGACUGCUCCAGCCAAGUAACCGAAGCGGUGUCCGUGACUGGGAUGCCCCAGGUACAGGAGAAGGUUUUCAUGGAGACAGUCACAACAGUAACAACAUGGAUGGAGCAAACCUUCACCAGCAGUGACCGAGAGCUACCGCCACCUGCCCCACCAAAAAGACGACAUCUUGAUAUCGACGGCGAGCUCAGGAGACUAGCUGAAACUGAUGUUCCCAAGCUUUUGUCUCAGCUGGCUGCAUGGAAGUCAUCUGCCCGAGCUGCUGAAGACCCCCCUGUCCUGAAGGAAAAACUACAGACCCUGGGUAUGGAGCUUGCUGAAAACGAGGGGGCAGUGAAAGAGUUGGUGCAGAAAGGAGAGAAGAUUAUUGAACACCUGGAGAAAGGUCUGUCUUCAGAGGAGGCCCGUUCUGGCCUGGACUCUGUGCAUAAAGAAUGGGAGAGCUGCCAGAACCUGAUCCAGGAUCUGAGGAAUCGAGCUCAAGUUCUAGAGCGAGUGGCAGCGGUUCAAUCAGGACUGAAGGCUGUAAAUGAAUUCCUGCAGGAUCAGGAGAAGUGGUUGAUCUCCACAAAAGGGUUUAGAGCCAAGGACAACCAACAGGAACUCCAGGCACUCAAAGAUGACUGUGAGGCUCGAAUAGCAGAGCUGGAAAAGCUUCAGCCGCAGGUGGAAGAUCUCUGUUCUCAGACGGAGCGUCUGGCCGCAGAACCUGGUGCCCCUGAUACCAUGAGGCCCAGUGUGACAGCGCUGGCAUCACGCCACAGCACAACUAUUCAAGAGCUCAAGACGCGGCAGCAGGACAUCACUAUAGUUUUGUCCAGGCUGGCGGGGUCCAGAGCGCUGCAACAGAUGGAGUCCAGACUGAACACGGCCAGCGCUGAUAUCAGAGACAUCACCACAGCUGAACAGGGAGUCGUUAAAGCUCAGGUGUGUGUGUGUGUGUGUGUGUGUGAGAAAGGGAUGCUUGUAUGCAGGGUCUACAAGUCCGUUUUAGUCACACCUGCCAGUGGCGAGUGA